UUUUUACUGCUAUUGAAACAAAGAAGGGAAAUCCACAUCCGUCUGCGGUUAUUCCAUCGACUCUUCAGACUAUACCGGAAUUAUCAACCAUUCAUUAUAAAAAAGUUUCAAUCCCAAUAGGUAAAUGGGGAGGAAAGCUUGGUGAACUG